UUUGGGGCAUUCUUCCAAGAGUUGCGAAUUUUGAAAGGAUCUGUGUGUUUGUGACGAGCAGACACCUUCAAGAUCAUGCUGCCUGCCUAUAUAAACAGUCAUAAAAUGCGGACCAUUUCAAUCAAAGGUGAAACUCGGUGAUUCAAUUCUGUCUAUAUUCUCUGUAUCAAAAGGUUUGAGAUAUUUUCAAAUGGCCCGUAAAGGAGCGAAAAAAUCAUUGCCCCCAUCAUGCUCACAGUCAUCAUUGUUGUCUGCCCAUAAGUGGCGCAAGUUUAGAGCAGGUACUGGAUGUCCAUCUACGUCUACAUCGAUGGUAUGGCGUCCCGAAAUGCCAACAACGUCUACGAUGGUAUGGCGGCCCAAAGUGCCAGCGUCAUGGGAGAUUAAGUACUGCCAAGAAGAGGGAUCAAUCCCUUGGAAACGGAUUGCGAAAACUCAAUCGUUAAUGAAAUCUUGGGUAUUGGAUGAUGAGUUUAAGAGAUGCUGGGAUUGGGACGCUUCAUCGGGUAAAGAAGCGUUAGAAAAAGCAAAGGCUUGGUACUGGCGUAAACUAAAUGGCUUUCCCUUCGAAUCUCUGACAAACGAAGAGUCUGCUGACAUGUAUAAUGAUACAGAUAUUGACUGGAAUCCAGAAAUAGAUCCGGAGAUAUCAUUGGCUUUAGACCGAGGAUAUAUGAAUGAUGCCAGUAUUAAUGAAGGAGGGAAUGAUUGGUUUGCUCACGAUUAUUUGCCCAACAAGGAUGAAAAGGUUAUUGAAGGAUGGGGCUCUGACUAGGAAGAUGAAUAGGAGAAUGAAUAUAAGAAGUAUGUUACAUUAUAAGAAUACUGUAUUGCAUGGUUGU